AUGAAACCUGGAGUCUUUAUAUUAUUUAUUUUCGAUGUUUUACAAUUUAGUCAAACGGAAAUUCGUCACCGUCAACAAGAUAAAUACGCGACGAAACAAAAUUACACGACGAUUCCCUGGUCGUCGUCGACGACGACAUAUUUAAACAAAAAAAAUAAUAAUAAUUUACAAAAAGAAAAUUAUUAUUUAACGACGAACGUUAGUAAAAAUGAUUGGACGGUGACGAUGCCACACGUCGUUUCAUCGAAAAAUGGCGACGAUUACGAUUUCCGCUCUAUUACGUCACAAUCCUCGUCACGCUCGGUGAAAAAAACGACAACAAAUCAUUUUUCCUACGUUGAUACUACUGAUGAUGAUAAUAAGAUCGUCGUCAACGACGAUGACGACGACGAUGAUGACGUCGACAACGACGACGUAAUAAAAUAUUACGAUUCGAACGAUAACAGAACGAAUUAUGAUGAUGAUGAUGAUCGGGAUUUUAUCGGAGUGAAACACGAAACGACUCGCGAAUAUUCUAUUGCCACGUUUAAAAAAAUCAAUGAUGAAAAAAUAACGGGGAAAUUUGUCGACGAUUCGCCAGAGGAAAAAUUUAUUUUUUAUAACGAAUCCCAUCUGGAAAGUUCGACGCAAAGUCACGUGUCAACAAAUGAUGGGAUUUUUCAUAGAGUAAAAGAAAACGUGGCCGUUAUGAAAAAUAAAAAUCGUCGAAGUGAUGAUGAUGAUAAUAAUAAUACUACAUCACCGAGUUUCGUCGGAAAUAAUAAUAAAAAUUUUUAUUUUGCUCAACCGUUGGUAGCACUGGCAGAAAGUGUUGACGGAAUCGUCGACGACGACGAUAAUAAUAAUAAUAAUAAUAAUAAUAUAGACGACGAUUGUUUUGAAAAUAUCGUCGAAAACUUUUCCAUAACCGACGAUAUUGUUUCGGAAAACAUUUUGACUGACAGAAACGAAGCGGAAAAGCUAACCAACGUGUUGGCGAGAAACAAAGGAGAUUUGGAUAAAAUGACGGAUGUUAUGGAUUCGAUAAUGGCGGAACACGAUAGAAUAUCAUCGAUAUCGGUUGUGAAAUUGAAAAAAACAGACGGAUCGAGGAUUUCGCAAACGGUUUACAGGAAAGGAUCAGAAAUAUUAAUUAGCAGACGAUCCGAUCGAACCUUUUUACUUCCCGUUAAUAAUAAUAAUAAUAAUUCAUGGACGAAAAUAUUUAAAAACUGUCUCACGAAAUUCUGGACUUUCGGUUAUUAUUUUUUCAUUGAAAACGAUACCGUGAGGUAA